ACAUGAAUAAAGAAUGCAGUUCAGUGUAAACUUUAUUCGCACUGAAUGAACGGUCCCCAGGGAAUUUCCCAACCUCGUUUUCGGAAUAUAGGGAAACCCUUCUCUUCAAAAGUUUUAUUUUCAGGUGUGGUUAUGGCACAACAAGACAAUGAAAGAUUCUCAUCAGUACCUGAUGUUGAUAUAGAGGAAUGUGAAGGGCGCUACAAAUACAUCCUUAUAAAGGUGUAUGAUGCUAAUGUUACUGAUGCAGAUGUUUACAAGUAUAUUGUGAGGGGAUUCAGAGCUGCUGGUUUCCAUGCUGAUAUAUAUGAUAACGUGCUCCCGGUUGUAGAAAAGAAUGGUCUUGAAUGUGAAUGUGUGGGAGGUGGAAGGAUAGAUCACUCACCAAAAAAUAAAACAUUAAAAGCAUAUGGAUAUUCCCAGGGAUUUGGAAGGGCGGACCAUUCAAUAACGUCAGACUUAUUAAAGAAAAAAUACCCAGACUAUAGUAUUACUUGGUCUAAUGAGGGUUACUAGUACAGAAAAUUAUAAUAACCAAGGAAUUGCAAUCAAGGGAGAACUAACACCAAAAUGCCACCUAAUCUGCAUGCAGAGAUGAAGUGGUUUAUAUGUAGAAGUACAGAACACUGCAAGAUUGUUCUCUAAUUAAUUCUUGCUUUAUUUUAUGAAUAUGCUCCUGGAAAGUUGACAUUUGUGGAUCUCACAGUUACCAUAUACAGUAAGAGACAUGAUUGUGCAAAUCAAUAAUCAAUGUUGUUUUACACUAUUCUCAUACCAUUGCCCUUUCAAUAGUUGUUAUAUGUACAAUAUGAACAUUAGAAAACGUAAAAAUUGCCACCCAACCAGGAUUAUUGUUCUCUGAAUCUUUUUUUUAAUUUUGGCAUGACUAGAUGUAUGGAUUGUUGUCCUUUUAUACACUGCCAUAUCUCUGUCAUUACUGAACCCUGCCUGCAGAGUCUAGUUAUAAACUGAAGAAAAACAUCCUUU